AUGAACAAGUCUUCAAAAACAAGGAUCUCCGAUUCAGGUUUAGGUUUUUUGCCUAAGAAGUUGAGGAAGAACCUGAUGGAGUUUCAGAAAGAGGGAAUAUUAUUUGGAUUGGAGAAACAAGGAAGGUGUUGGAUAGCAGAUGAGGUAAUGGGACUUGGCAAGACACUACAAGGUCUGUCGGUAGCCUAUCAUUAUAAACAUGAGUGGCCUCUCCUGAUUGUCGUUCCAUCUUCUCUCAAACUCCAGUGGGUCGAUGAAAUUGAAAAGUGGCUGAUCGACAUCGAGCCACACACGAUCAAUGUGAUUGACAAUGGUUCGGACAUCAGUGGAAUUUCGAGAAGUUUGAUAACAAUUGUCACCUACGGUCUGCUGAGGCACCCAAGCAGUCGAGGGGUACAACAAGCAUUGUCCAAUCAACAGUUUAAGGUUAUUAUACUGGAUGAGUCGCACUACAUAAAGUCUCGCACGUCAUCCACCACAAAAUUUCUCGUUCCACUCAUUCAGAAUGCAAGCAGAUGCAUUCUCCUCUCCGGCACUCCUGCACUCAACUGUCCUCAGGAGCUCUAUCCACAACUGGAUGCACUCUGUCCCAAACUUUUUCCUAACUGGAGCUACUUUGCAAAGAAAUUCUGUGAUGCCCAGUUCAAAUAUUUUGGAAGACAAAGAAGAUGGGUAACAAAUGGGGCAUGUAAUUUGGAAGAAUUGGAAGGUGUAUUGAAGGAUGGAGUGAUGGUGCGGAGGAUGAAGAAAGAUGUUCUGCAUCAACUUCCCGAUAAGAUCAAGCAGAGGAUAUUGUUCAGGCUGCAACGAUCAGAUGUUAAAAAGGAGAUUGAGUGUGCCCUGGAUGACCUGAAGAGCAUGCUGUUCAAGAACAAGAUGACAUUGGAACAAUUGAUUAUAUUAUCAUCAUCAUCAUCGUUGUCGUCCGUCUGUGACGUUGGUUCUCUCAACCAAAUUCGAUCAGCAAUGACCCAGCUGUCCAUGUUGACCUGUAGAGCGAAGGUUGGUCCAGUUAAAGAGCACAUAAAAAUGCUGUGUGAGUCCGAGAGUUUGAAGUUUAUUAUCUUUGCUCAUCAUCGCAUAAUGAUGGACGCCGUCAACGAUCAGCUGCUUGAUCUGAAGGUUCCAUUCAUCAGGAUUGAUGGACAGCUACUGGUUCAAAACUUCCAGAACAAUCCAUCGACGAAAGUGGCUCUGUUGAGCAUGAAAGCUGCAGGAGUUGGUUUGAAUCUGACUGCCGCCUCAUUGGUUGUAUUUUGUGAACUUGAUUGGACGCCUGGCACAAUGGACCAAUGCGAAGAUAGGGCUCACAGAAUCGGUCAGAAAUCAGCUGUCAACAUUCAAUAUUUGAUUGCCAUUGGUUCAUUGGAUGAGUGGGUGUGGUCAGUGCUGGCAAGAAAAACUAAAGUGUUAUCAGUGGCGUUGAAUGGAGAGAAGAAAUUGUUGAAAGUUGCGAGAGGAGAUGAGACUGUUGAGCAACACUUGAACAAUGUUGAAUUUUGUGAUGUACAACCGACAAACCUAUCUUCACAACAUUUGAGACCACUGCUUUCAACGCAGCCAAGCAGUCAAAAGUUACUCAUCGACUUCUUCCACUCACCGAUAUCAUCAUCAACACCUCUAUCAAAAUUUAAAACUAAUAAAAAACUCGGUGAUGAUGACAAGAACAGAAGAAAUGAUAAUGAUGAUGAUGAUGAUGUGGCUAGAGAUGAUGAUGAUGAUGGUGUGGCUAGAGGUGAUGAUGUGGCUAGAGAUGAUGAUGACGUUCUCAUUGUUGAAGGAAGUGGACCUCUUGAAAAAUGUGACGUUGAAGAGAGCUUCGGUACUGCAAAUGAAAAUAAAUUUAAUAAAAGUUUGGAUGAGAAUUUUGUACAUUUUAAAAAUGGAUUGCUUAAACGGAGAUACAAUGAUGAUGACGACGACGACGAUGAUGGUGAAGUUGGUAAUGAUGAUGAUGAUGAUGAUGAGGAUUUCGUGACGACUAAUAAAAAUAAUAAAUCGAAGAGUCGAUUUAAAAGGAGGAAACUCUUUGAUGACGUCAAAUCCUCCACGGAUCAGAGUAAGAAAAUUAAAAACAAUAAAAAUAAGCUUAGUAACAAAAGUCACGUAAAUAAUAAUAAUAAUCACAAGUUAAAAAACAAUAAUAAUAAUAAUAAAAGAAUUGUAACAGACAACAGUAAUAUUAAUAAAAAAGCAUGGAGUUGUGUAUUUUGUACUUACCUAAACCACUACUUGCUGUCAAGUUGUGAAAUAUGUGGCAACAAAAAAUGCGAUAAUAAUAAUAAUAAUAACAACAAUAAUGCUACUAAUAAAAAUAAUAAUAAAAACAUAAGUAGUAACUCUGGUAACAAAAAUGCUGCAUGUAUUGAUUCUAAUAAAGUUGCCGGUAAUAUUUAUAAUCACAUUCAUAAAGGUGAUGAGGAUGAUGAUGAACGAGUUAACGGUGAUGAUGAUAGUAAAGGAAAUAUAAAUGAUGAUAAUAUUGGGAAAGACAAACAUAAUGAUGUAGUAAGUGAAAAUAAAGAUGAUGACGAUGAUUGUCGCAACCGACAAGCAAAUGAUGAACUUCAUAUCUCUGAUGUUGCGGAUGGUUUACUGGAGUAUGGUUCUACAUUAACCAAUCGUAAUGAAAGUUUCAAUGAUGACGAAGAUGAUGGUGUUUGUGAUGAUUGCAUGGAAGGAAUGGCUGACAUUCACUCCUUCUCCUCCCACGAUAAUGAUGAUGAAAAAAUAUUGAAACUUGGUGAUAAUUCUCACGAGAGUUGCUCUGAAGGAAAAGUUGUGAAUGACGAUGGUGCUAAUAUUUCUAGCGACGCUCUCAUAGACAAUACAACUUACAGCGAAGCUGGUACAGGGAUGUUUGAUUCCUCUGUGUUUGCUCAUCACCUGUUGCAAAUAUCGUCAGGAUCGUCUUCAGAUGGCUCGCUGGCAAGGAAGCAGGCAGAUGGAAAUGAUCUUCUUGCAAGCACUUCCUAUGCUACAAAUGUCCCGAAGACGGCAGAAAGUUCAACUGACGUAGAGUUCAAACCUUCUGCAAACUUUCGUGAAACUGAUGUGCUCAACAAAGUUUUGGCCGAGGAGAGGUCUCUGUCAGAAGAAACGGCGGACAUUAAAACAGAAUUGAAAGAAAGCAAAAACAGACCUGACAAUUUCGAAGAGAUUGUUCCUACUCCACUCAGUGAUGUUCUUAUCAGUGAAGAUGAUGAUAACGAUGAAGAUGAUGAUUAUGAUAUUGAUCACGAAUUUUUGAUGUUUAGGUGUAGCACGGUAUCCAACAGAGUCUACAUAUACGACGAGACAGGCAGAUAUUUGAAGCAGCACUUUGAGCCACCUAACAUCGAAUGCAACUGUUACGAUGGUCUUUCGAGGAACAUGAGGAAAAGUAGGCAUUUGCACCUCAUCAAGAAAUUUGUCAGGGAGUGGAAGAGUUUAACGGAAAUGAAGAGGCGAGUGGUGGCCUCAUCGGGCGACCUCUUCAUCAGCGCCCUCGUCCACUACGACGGCAUCAAAAUGAGGAGGAAGUCUUCGGAUAAAAGAUUCACUAGAAAUUUAGAUGUUUCCAGUGAGAGGACGCCAGCGGACAAGAACAACAGGUCGGCAGUGACGAGUUUGAUGAAGUUCUUCAAUAGGAAGUCCCUGGACGAUGGGGGUGCUGGUGUUGGUGGAGGUGGAGGUGGAAGUUUUUUCGACAGAACUAAAAUCAAUGACAUUGAAAUUUGCAACGUCACCAACAGCAAUAACAGUAACUAUAAUAAUAAUGAUAAUAACAACAAUGAUAAUAAUAAUAACAACAAUAAUAAUAAGAAGAAGAAAUAUGAUACAUCAGCCAAUGAGGGUAGACUUGGUAUGAACGACUCAACUUGCAGUUAUGUUUCAUGUACUGGGGAGGGUGAUGACGACGUGAAUGAUGCUGACCCUGACCACAGAAGAAAGGCAUCGAGCGAUGGAACAGUUAAAGAGGGCAGUGAGCCGUCAUGUUUACAAUGUAAGAAAUCUGUUCCUAGUCAUCUGUUGAAAUCAUCAUCAUUGUUGUCGCCAUCGUUACUAUCGCCACACGAACAACGGAGGCUUAUAAGGUUUUGCAGCCAAAACUGUGAAAAAAUAUUUAGGACUAAAAACAGUGGUAGUUACAUGAGAAGACAAGUGUACGAGGCUGAACGUGGCGUGUGUCAGUUGUGCUCUCUUUCUGCCCAACAGAUAUAUCUUGACAUCAGAAAUACAACAAGCAUGGAGAAACGAGCUCAGUUGAUACAACAAAGUCCAUAUGUGAAGUUGGACGUUCAGAUGAAGGAGAGAAUGAUUAGAAAUCCGCAAGAGGGCUUGUUUUGGCAUGUGGACCACGUGACUCCCGUGUUUGCCGGUGGUGGCGAGUGUGACAUUGAUAACCUGAGAACGCUCUGUACCAUUUGCCACAAAAAAGUCACAAAGGAACAGUUAAUUAAUAAAAAUAAAAUAAAACUCAUUAACGCAGCAAAAUCGUGUAAAAACAUUUCCUACUUUUUCAAAUAAGUCGUCUAUUAUCUACUUUUAUUUUUAUUAUUUAU